AUGAAGUCUCAUCAUGACAUUUACAAUAGUUCCACUGAGUUCACACCUGCAACAUUCACUCUUGUUGGCAUCCCAGGGCUGGAAGCAGAGCACAUCUGGAUAUCUAUACCAUUCUGCCUGAUGUACACCAUCAUUUUCCUAGGAAAUGGCAUCAUUCUUUACAUCGUCCGGUUUGAUCCUGCUUUGCACCAACCCAUGUACUUCUUUCUGGCCAUGUUGGCCUUUGUGGAACUUGGCGUCUCUGUUUCCACCCUGCCCACUGUGUUGGGCAUUUUCCUCUUUGGCAUUAAUGAUAUAAGUUUUGGUGGUUGUCUGCUACAGAUGUUUUCCAUGCAUUCUUUUACCCUCAUGGAAUCAGGCGUCCUUCUGGCCAUGUCUGUAGACCGCUUUGUGGCCAUACACAGCCCGCUGCGAUAUACCACCAUUCUGACAAUUCCCCGCAUCAGCUGGAUGGGUGUCACCAUUGCCUCGCGCAGUGUGGUGCUCAUGUUCCCACUGCUUCUUCUGCUGAAGCGUCUGCCCUUCUGCAGCCACAAUGCCCUCACACACGCUUACUGCCUCCACUCAGAUCUGAUCAAGUUGCCCUGUGGAGAUACCCGCCCCAAUAGCAUCUUUGGUCCCUUUGUCAUUUCUUUCACAUUUGGGCUAGGCUCAUUGCUCACAGUGAUUUCUUACGUGUUAAUUCUUCACACGGUACUGGGUAUUGCUUCUGGGGCAGGGCGGUGGAGGGCUCUGAACACCUGUGCGUCACACACCUCAGCUCUGCUUGUGGACUAUGCGCCCGUUGUCAGCCUUUCCCUGAUCCAUCGCUUUGGGCAUCAUUUACCUCUACUCCUCCAGACAGUCAUGGCCAAGGUCUACCUUUUCUUCCCACCUGUGGCCAACCCCAUCGUUUAUAGCAUCAAGACCAGGGAAAUUCGCAGGAGCACUGUUCACACACUGUCUAAAAAGAGGGGUGUGGUAUCUCAGAGGAUACUCUGA